AAGGGCUCAAACGCAGUCCAGUUGGAGGCCAGAACGGAUCGCCGCCGGUUCCCAGACGAAACUAAUCCCCGCAAGACCUAAAAUUAAAAUAUAUAAAUAUACAUAAAAGCAUCCAAACCAGAUAGGAAAAAAGUGAAAAUGUCGCUGAUACCGUUCAUACUAGAUUUGGCCGAGGAGCUGCACGAUUUCAAUCGCAGCCUGGCAAUGGAUAUAGAUGAUUCGACCGGAUUCGGGUUGUAUCCGCUGGAGGCCACCUCACAGUUGCCACAGCUGAGUCGGGGGUUGGGGCGUGGGAAUGCAAUGAUGUGGGUACCCAUCAAGGGUCAGGCGACGGCGCAGCAUCGUCAUCAUCCGUACAAUCGUGUGGCCGGAGCCAAGACUGUGUGCUGCAAUAAGUCGCUGGUGGAGCUGGAAAAAGAACUGGGCGAUAAGGGCACUUCCGGGGCAAGUGGCAGCGCCAGUGGCCAACCGGCGGCCAGCAAAUCCGCCUACUCUGUGGUGAAUAGGAACGGCUUCCAGGUGAGCAUGAAUGUGAAGCAAUUCGCCGCCAACGAACUGACUGUGAAGACCAUCGAUAAUUGCAUCGUGGUCGAGGGUCAGCAUGACGAGAAGGAGGAUGGCCACGGGGUGAUCUCGCGCCACUUCAUCCGCAAGUACAUCCUGCCCAAGGGCUAUGAUCCCAACGAGGUGCACUCGACCCUCUCGUCGGACGGGAUUCUGACGGUCAAGGCGCCGCCACCAGUUCCAGUCGUCAAAGGCAGCCUGGAACGACAGGAGCGCAUCGUGGACAUCCAGCAGAUAUCGCAGCAGCAGAAGGAUAAGGAUGCGCAGCCGCCAAAGCCGGCAGAGGUAGAACAGCAGGCGGCAGCUAGUGCCACCACUUCCACUUCAAAUCCGACUGCACCCACACCCACACCCACUUCCACUCCCACACCAUCGCUCUCGCUCACUCUCGCCGAGAGCAACGGCAAUGGUCAGGAAGAGACAGAGAUGGAAAUGCCGGCUCUUUCGCCCUCCCUUUCCAGCGAGGCUGCUGCUGCCGCUGCUGUUGCAGUGGAAGCCCCUUCCACUGCAGGAACCACUUCCAGUGCCAAUAAUGGCGUUGCAGAACCAGAGUCAAUGGAAGUGGCGGUUGCCAAAAACGAAGAGACUGUUAAAGUGGAUGAACCCACACCCAAUCCCGUUAUAAGCAGCGAAGAGGAGCAAAAGGUAGAGGAUGCAAAUGCCAACGAAGUGCCCGCUGCCUCAAAUAACGGUAAUGGAGCAGUCGCAACACCCGAGGACGUGGAAAUGCCGCUGGCCAAGAAACCGGAAAUCUCCACGGAGGACAGCAAAGGGGAGCAGGCGGAGAAGGUGGAUAAAGUAGAGAAAGUGGAGGAGAAAGGCGGCGAGGAACUGGCCGCCGUGGAUGCGGCCAUACUUCUGGCCAAAAACCAGGGCGAAAACGGAGCCACUGCAGCCAAAACCGAGGAACUGGCCAAGUGAAGACUGAACUAAAAAAAAAAAACUUAAAUGAUAAUUAAGAACAAAUAAUAAUCUGCACGGUUAGGCGUGUGUUUUAUUCCAUACAUGUUUCUUGUGUUUUCUUUUGCAUUUCACACAAAUAAAAAGAACCGAGAAAGCUGCCGGGAAAAGCACUUCAUUACUAAGCGUGGGAGAUAGCGGGCGAUAUAUGUAUGAUUUCCUAAAAACAUAUGUGACAACAACUACAAGUAUUCCAGUAAAACUUAAAGACAGAAACACGAAAUAAUGUACUUAACAAUAAAGAGGAAAACCAGAAUAAAAAAAAAA